AAAGAAAAAAUGGCCCAAUACCUAACUACAAAGGCCGAAAACGCUCUCAAGAGAACGGCUGAUUACAUCCAAUCUGAACAAUUAAAUUUAGCUUUCCUUGAACUUGGAGCAAUUGUCUCUAAAUUCGGUCGUCAAAUCAAAACAUGGCACGAAAUUUAUGAAGAUGUUGCUAAAAGAUUCAUCAAGGUAUCUGUAGAGUUAAGAAAAGCCCAAGAAAUCAAGAACGUCCUUUCUUCAUAUAGAAUUCUCUGUCAAUCAAGCGAAAUCAAAUCAUUUGGUAAUGUUAUUUUGUUGUACUUGGACCAAGCUGAAAAACGCACACAAAAGGCUAUCGAAAAGUCCAAGAGCAAAUCCUUGACUCUCGAAAAGGAUUUAGAAAACGAAAUUCCAGAAAACAUCCUUCUUUAUGAAGUUUCCGGAGAAGGAUUAAAGGAUAGAACUGACCGUGAAAUUGUUACACCAUGGAUGAGAUUUUUGUGGGAAACCUAUAGAUUGGUACUCGAACUCUUAAAGAAGGAUCCACAAUUAGAAUCCAUCUAUCAUGAAACUUGUAAGAGAGCUUUUGAUUUUUGUCUUAAGUAUGAAAGAAAGACAGAAUUUAAGAGACUUUCUGAUCUUUUACGUGCUCAUAUCAAAGGUGUAGAAAUGUCAUCUUACGAAAGCAUUGCACAAUAUCUCUCUGCUCGUUUCUUCCAAUUAACUGUUGCUAUCAAAUUGGAUUUAUGGCAAGAUGCUUUCAAGAGUGUCGAAGACAUUUACUAUUUGAUUUCUACAUCAAAGAGUGUUGUUAUUCCACAAGCAGAACUCUUGAAUUACUAUGAACAGUUGACAAAGAUUUUCUGGACUUCAAAGAACUACAUUCUCCAUGCUUAUGCUCACUAUAAGGCUUUUGCAAUUCAUAAGAGUAUUUCUAAUUCCUCUGUAUUGCAAACCUCCGCUAACAGUUUGUUACUUUCCACUCUUACCACUCCAUCAAACACUAGUAAUGAAACUCUUCCAACAGACUUUAUUUCUGUUAGAAAUGAAAGAAGAUUAGUUUCUCUCUUAGGUUUGAGUGUUCCACCAAGUAAAGAGCUCCUUGUAUCUGAAUUAGAUGCCAAGAAUGUAACACAAUUAGUAGAUACUCAAUUGAGAGACCUUUAUAGAAUUCUUGAAGUUGAUUUCAGUCCACUUAAAAUGUGUGAAAAGAUCAAGCCAAUUUUAGAAUAUGUCAAAUCAAAGGAAGAUUUAGCUAUUUAUUAUGAACCUCUUAAACAAAUUACUGUUACAAAAUUGUUACAACAACUUGCAAGAGCUUUCCAAAGUAUCAAAAUUGAAACUGUAUCCAAGAUGGCUGAUUUUGUAUCUUUAAUUCAACUUGAAAAGAUUCUUGUUGAAAAUGCAAACACUGGUAAAAUUCAAGUUAUCAUUGAUCAUGGAAAGGGUGUUUUGGUAUUCGGUAAAUCACCAAGAACUUUCGAUGCUAAUGAUGUACAUAAUCAAAUCGCCUUGUUCGGUAAAAGAAUUCAUGAUGUCAUUGAUAUGAUUCAUCCAGAAAGAAAGGAAGAAAAGGAAAAGAAGAGAAAGAAGUUCAUUGCUGAUGUUUCUAAGAAGCUUUCUCCAGAAAUUGAACAAAUUUCUAUCAGAAACGACUUUAUUAGAAUGAAAAAGUUGUGGCACGAACAAGAACACAAGAGAGCCUUGGAAAAGGUUGAAGAAAGAAAAGUUGAACUUGCCAAACAACGUGAAUUGGAAGAAGAAAGAAUUGCCCAACAAGAAGCCAAGAAUAGAGAAGAAGAAAAGAAGAGAAGAGAAAGAAAAAUUGCUGAAGAAAAGAAGAAGAGAGAAAUUAUUGAUAUGAUUACCAAUAAUAACACUAAAGCAGAACAAGAUUUGUUAAAGGUAGCCAAUAAGUCUCUCAAAAAGAAGCUCACUUCCCUUAUUGAAAUGGAAAUGGAUGACAUUAUCGAACUUAAGAGAAGCGAAAUUCAACGUGAAAAGAAGGAAAAGGAGAAGAAAUUGGUAGAAAAAUCCAAGAAUAUGGACUAUCUUGAAAUUACUAGACGUGAAAUUGAAAUGCCACUCUUUGAUGAUUAUAAUAAGAAACAACAACAAUCAAAUAAGGAAUCAUUCGAUAGUUAUGUCAGUAAGCAAAACCUUGAACUUCAAAAGGAGUUAACUGAAAUGAGACAAAAGAAACAAGAAUUAUCCAAAUACUUUGUUGAUACUACAUACUUUGCAUCUGAAUUUGUUUUGAAGAAGAGAAAGGAAGAAUUUGAAAGAUUAAAGUCAGAACAAGACAAGAGAAAACAACAAAAGAAGGAAGAAUGGGAAACUAAACGUGUUGCUAUUAUCGAAGAAAUUGAAAGAAGAAGAAAGAAGGAAGAAGAAGAAAGAGAAAUCAGAAGAAAGGAAGAAGAAGAACGUAAAAAGAAGAGAGAACAAGAAAUGGAAGAAGAACGUAAAAAGAAGGAUGAAUAUGAUAGAAUUCAAAGACAAAAGGAUGAGGAAUAUUAUCAAAGACAAAAGGAAAAACAAGCUGAAAUUGAAAAGAGACUCCAAGGCCAACAACAAACACCAAAGAAACAAGACAGAUGGGGUGGUUUGGAUAGUGAAUCAUCUUCACCAUUUGGUGGUGCCAAGAAGUCUAGUGGUUAUGUUCCUCCUCACUUGAGACGUCAAGAAUCUGCAUCUGAUGCUCCAAAGGAACAAACUGAACAAAAGCCAGAAACUAAUAAUAGACGCUUUGCUGGAUCCGAUGAAUCUUUCUCUGCCUUUGGUAAAAAGCCAGCAAGUGGUACAGGCGGCUCAAGUGGCUCAAGUGGUGCAGGUGGUAGAGGUGGAUUUGGUAGUAACAACAACAACCGUGAUGGUGGCGAUAGAUGGAGAAAAUAAUCGUCUUAUUAAAUAUUAUUUAUUGUUAAA